AUGUUCCUAACGCGCAGUGAAUACGAUCGCGGUGUGAACACAUUUUCACCGGAAGGACGACUUUUCCAGGUGGAAUAUGCUAUCGAAGCGGUCAAGCUCGGUUCUACAAGUAUUGGAAUCCGUACAAAUGAAGGAGUAAUUUUAGCGGCUGAGAAACGCGCCACAUCAAAAUUGAUGGUUAACGAAGGCACAGAAAAGAUUUCGAAGGUUGACUCACAUGUUGCUGUUACGUUUGCUGGCCUAAUUGCCGAUUCACGUACGCUUGUGGAGCGUGCACAGGCCGAAGCGCAGAAUUUUUGGUACACCUAUAAUCGAAAAAUGCGCGUUGAGGAUGUAACAAUGUCUGUUGCGAAUCUGGCGCUACAGUUUGGUGAUGAUGAUGCCAAGGCUGGACUUUUAAUGAUAAAAAAAGAAGCAUCGAUGUCGAGACCAUUUGGCGUAGCACUACUUUUUGCUGGUUAUGAUCAGGAUGGACCAAGACUCUUUUAUUUGGAUCCAUCAGGUACAUUUGUUGAUUGCAUGGCAAAGUCGAUUGGUGCUGCAUCGGAUGGAGCUGAACAGAGCUUGAAGGAAAAGUAUCAUGAGUCGUUAACGCUUGCCGAAGCAAAGAAGAUUGCGCUGGCCAUCCUGAAGCAGGUAAUGGAAGAAACGCUUACAAGUGCGAAUGUUGAAGUGGCUUCAGUAACACCAAUCAAAGAUAGCGCAGCAUUCCUGCACGCGGGUGAUUUCUAG